GCGAUGUUUUUAAGAUAUGUACUUUCUUUUGUUAGAAUGUAUUGUUUAUUUGUCAGUUUAUGGCUCUUAAUUUUAACAGAGGCAACGGAAUUGCCCAGCUGUAAAGAGUCAGAUUACCAUUUUGAAUACACAGACUGUGAUGUUUUGGGCUCUCGAUGGAGAGUGGCGAUACCCAACAAACCAGAAACCUGUACGGGUUUACCUGAUCCGGUCAAAGGCACCAAGUGCACGUUCACCUGUAAUGAGGGAGAAUUUCUGGACAUGAGGACUCAGGAGUGUCAGAAAUGUGUCGCAGGGACCUACUCUUUAGGCACGGGAGUUGCCUUUGAUGAGUGGGACAGUCUGCCCACCGGCUUCAUCAGCCAUGGCAUCGAUACGAGUAAAGGAGAUUCUUCCACAAAUUGCUCUAAUUCAACAUGGAUCCCUAAAGGUGACUACAUUGCCUCAAACACAGAUGAGUGUUCCUCCACUCUUUCCUACGCUGUGAGUCUGAAGAAACCCGGUUCUGUGUCUUUCCAGUACAUCUACCCAGACAACAGCAUCUUUUUUGAGUUCUAUGUUCAGAAUGACCAGUGCCAGUCAACAGAUUCUGUAAAUCGCUGGAUGACAUUAUCAAAAAGUGACUGGGAAUAUCACUAUGUGCAGCUGAGUAGUGGGAACAAUGUCUUGUACUGGAGGACUACAGGUUUCUCUCUUGCUGGAAGCUCUGCCAAACCAGUUCUACUGAAGAACAUUGCCAUCUCAGGUGUCUCUUAUACAUCUGAAUGUUUUCACUGUAAGCCUGGCACCUACAGUGAUAAACCAGGAGCCUCUCGCUGCAUCCCAUGUGCUGUUAAUUCUUACUCUAAUAAAGGAGCCACGGCAUGCCAGCCAUGUGAAGCAGAUUCAUACUCGGGGAUUGGAUCUGGAAGCUGUCUACAGCGGCCACACUGCAAACAAAGCGAUUACUUCUAUACUCACACACUAUGUGACUCAAGAAGCCAGACACAGCUUAUGUUUAAGUGGAUCGAGCCCAAGAUCUGCAGCGAGAGUGGAAAUGGGGCGAUCCAGCUUCCAGCCUCAGGUGAGAUGAUGGCCUGCCCGCCUUGCAAUCCAGGAUUCUUCUCCAGCAACACCUCCACCUGUGAACCCUGCCCACAUGGCUUCUAUUCAAAUGGAACAGAAUGCUCUGAGUGUCCUUCCGGAAUGGAACCUGUCGUGGGUUUCGAGUAUAAAUGGUGGAACAGGAUGCCUAGUAACAUGAGAAGUUCUGUCUUUAGCGUAGAAUACAGCAGUACUGACAGGACCACAGGCUGGGAGGUAGCAGGUGAAUACAUCUAUACCACACCAAGUGAUCGGGACUCGGACUUCAUGUUGUUGACGCUCCAAGUACCUGGAUACAGCUUUCCUCAUUCUCUAAGUAAAGACAACGAGAGAGCUGAACUUUCAAAAAUAACAUUUGUGUUUGAAACGAAAUGUACAGCUGAUUGUAAACUGCAUUUCAUGGCUGGGCAGAAUGAAAGGAAUAAUAUGAUUGCGGAGAGUUGGAGCGGUACUAUAGGCAAGCAGUCCUACUCUUAUCUUGUUAAGAGCAACAGCACUGUCAGCUUCACCUGGGGUUUUCAGCGCACUGGGACCUUCAGCAUGGAAAGUGAAUACAGCUCUGACUUUGCUAAGAUCUACUCUGUUCACAUCACCAAUGUGAUCGGGGGUGUGGCUUCAGAAUGUCGACAGUGUGCUCUGGCGGCCUCUGGCACGGACUCCGGCUGCGUGCCCUGCCCCUCAGGCCACUACAUGUUAAAUGGCACUGGAGUGUGUAAAAGCUGUCCCGCUAACACCAUCAUCAGACCUGAGCAGCCAAUAGGAGAGCAAGCCUGCAUUCUUUGUGGUCCGAAUACUGACAGUAAUAAAGGCCGUUCAGCGUGUAUUAGUGACUGUACUUUAGCACUGUUACAUAAAGGAGAGUUCCUGCACUAUGAUUUCUCUCCGUUGGCACGUGUUACAGAUUUCCAGAGCACUCCACGAUUCACCAGUAAAGGGCUGCAGUACUUUCACCAUUUCAGUGUUAUGCUCUGCGGGACGCAGAACAGGGGUCUUGCAUCCUGUGUUGAAAAUGUGACUGAGAGUAAGAGAGAAGUGAAGGGCUACAUCUGUCGGUCCACUCUAGUGCCUUCUGAGGUCAGGGGUCAGAGUGUUGUGUCCUCUCAACCUUUCAGUAUUGGAGACACUUUAAUUGGAGUGACAACUGACUCCAAACUGGUUGACAUUUCAUCUUUCGACAGCUACUUCCCCUCCAAAUCUGAGCUACCUGAUGUCAUAUUUUACUAUAGAUCUAGAGAAACAACACAAGCAUGUAAAAAUGGAAGAUCAACCUCUGUCAGGCUCCGAUGUGAUCCUACUGUAACAACAGACCAAUUUUUCUUACCAAGUAAUUGCUCAGAAGGCACAUGUGAUGGCUGCUCUUUUCAUUUCCUGUGGCGUUCCCAGCAUGCUUGUCCUCUCUGCUCAGAGAGGAACUAUAAAGAGAUUGUGAGUGCCUGUAUCCAAGGAAUCCAGAGGACCACCUAUGUGUGGCAGCAGCCUCUGAGAUGCACAGGUGGGGUGGACCUGCCACCACAGAAGGUCAGCGCCUGUGUGACUUUGGACUUCUGGCUGAAGUUUGGCGUCUCUGUUGGAACUGUGGCCGCCAUAUUGCUCAUUACCAUCAGCUGCUACUUCUGGAAAAGAACACGCAAGCUGCAGUAUAAAUACUCAAAGCUAAUGAUGACUGCAGGAGAUAAAGAGUGUGAACUACCAGCUGCAGACAGCUGUGCCAUCAUGGAGGGAGAAGACGCAGAGGAUGACCUCAUCUACCUCUCAAAGAAAUCUUUCUUCACUAAAAUCAAGUCGUUUUCCAGAGAGAGGACAUCAGAUGGCUUUGAUUCUGUUCCUCUGAAAUCCUCAGCUGUACAGGAGAUGGAGAUGGACUAGAAUCAACAGGAAAUUUUUGGCAAAAUUCGAAAACAUGUUUUAAAAAACUAUAGCAGCAUUGCUGUUUUCCAAAGAGGACUGUGAGGGUCUUAUCAAAUAAUUAAGUAAAACAAAUCAGAAUCAGAAAGAGCUUUAUUGACAAGUGUGCUUGGACACACAAGGAAUUUGUCUUCGUGACAGAAGCUUCCAGUGCACAUACAGGUUAAAAAAGUGACACGGCACAGGUAACAAAAUGUAAAAAAUAAAUAUGUGAGAGACAAUACACAUUUGACAGAAAGGACAAUAUUAGACAAAAGGACAAUAGGCAGUAUGUUGGAUGUACAGAUGUGCUAUAUACAAAUUAUACUGUUAUAUACAAGUUAUGCAGGGGAAUGUGGAUAGCUGAAUAUUAUAUCAACAACAUAUGUAUAAUAAAUAUGAGUAUGAUUCAAUAUCUGCCUUAUUCAAAUGUGCAUUGAUAACUCAGGUUUUGGGUCUCCUCUGGAUUAAGUAAAACCAAAAAGACUAAUGGCUUUUAAAAGUACAAACAUUUCUAACAAACCUGCCUGAGAUUUUAUGUUUAGAUUGUAACUUUAUUAUUUAAAGGCCAAAUAUACUAAAACAUUUGCUGAUGCAUUAAUAGAUAAUCAAGUAAGCAUAAUUUAUUUAACAUGUCCUUCUAUAAUUUGUCAUAAUUAUCUUUUUUUUAUUUGGAACCAUGGAGUUUUUUUGUUAUUGAGUGUGUAUUGAGUGGUAUUUGAAGCCAUAUCUGGUGUAGUGAGUUUUUGCUUUUUUUAUUCACUAUAAACAAAUUUUUAUAAACAUUUUUGUCACACUGGCAAUUAUAUGAAAUGUUGUUUGAUUAUUUUCUCCCAAUUUAUUUGCCUCUUUUUAUGUUUAUUGGAUUUUUAAAAGCAUUUUUUAUCUUACAUUACUUUAAAAAUCUAGUGUACUGUUUAAGUGAAGUAAAGCAUAUAAAGUACUUGCACGUAACUAUUUAAAAGACAAAAAAGUAAGCACGUAGGCUAUCUUUUGUUGUACAUUUUAAAGUAUUUUGUUUC